UUUAGUUUUAACUAAAAUAGCAUUGCCAUGGGAAACAGUAUAAGCAACCUAACCUCGUACAACUUCUUCUGUAAGCAGUUAAGAAUAGUUUUAAUUGGUUUGGAUAACGCAGGUAAAACGACUAUUUUACAGAUAAUGUUUAAACAAGAAAUACCUAGCCCAGCUCCAACAACAGCUUUUAAUGCAAAAACUAUUCAGGUACUAAAAAAUAUCAAACUAGAUAUCUGGGAUACUACAGGAUCAUCUGCGUUUCGCCCUUUAUGGAAAGCAUAUGUUAGAAAGUCAGACGCUAUUAUCUUUGUAAUUGAUAGUUCAGACCACGAGCGUUUUGAUGAAGCAAAAAUAGAACUUGAACUAAUUGUAAAUAGUAAAGAGACAAAAGGCAUACCAGUGUUAAUUGUCGCCAAUAAGCAAGAUUUGUCGUUUUCGGUGUCACCAAUUUAUAUUGCACAAAAAUUGCAACUAGAUAGUCUUGUUGAAUCAGUAAAUUGGCACGUGUACCCAAUUUCAGCGCGCCACGGCACCGGUGUGGAUGAUAUGUUGCUCAAGCUAGCAGAAAUGAUUGCAAUGAAUAAAGUAGUAACAAAACGAACCAAGUCUGGCACCAUAGUUGAAAGUAGUAGCUUGACAAGCUUUGAGAAAAUACAGGCUUCAGAGUUUGUUUAAGAAAAAGUUUAUUAGAAAUAAAUAUGACACACUGUCUUUAGGGUCACGUGUUAA